AGUCAGACGCUUCUCACUAGUCUCUCUCUGUUUUGUUUUUGACUUCUUUUUUACAACUCAAAGUCUCAAACACAUAGGUGCUGAUUAUUUUCUUGAUUUGUUCAUAUGAAAUACUAACACUUGAUUUGGGGUUUGAUUGAAAUCAUGAAUACUUUGAUUACUGGGUCUUUUUCUAAUAAGAUUUCUUGUUAUUCACCACCAUUAUCAGAUUCGUCUAAUUCAACUAUAUCGACAGGCUGUUAUCAUAUAUCAUUAAGAGUAUCAAAGCAUAACCGAGUCAUCCAAUCUCAGUCGAGUCUUGUGAGACACAAUAUUGUCAAAUUUAAUGAAAGUUAUCUACCUUCUUGGAGACGAGAUACUAAGCAUGUUGCAUCUGCGGUUUCUGAACAACCCAUUGAACCUGAUGCUACAAGCCCUCAAAAUCCAUUAGCGAGUGCUUUAGAUGCUUUUUACAGGUUUUCAAGACCUCAUACAGUUAUAGGAACUGCAUUGAGCAUAGUUUCAGUUUCACUCCUUGCAGUUCAAAAGCUUUCAGAUUUUUCUCCGUUAUUCUUCAUUGGCGUUUUGGAGGCUAUUGUUGCUGCCUUCUUUAUGAAUAUAUAUAUUGUUGGCUUGAACCAGCUAUCUGAUAUAGAAAUAGACAAGGUUAACAAACCGUAUCUUCCAUUGGCAUCUGGAGAAUACUCAGUUAAAACUGGCAUUAUCAUUGUAUCCUUAUUUGCAGUCAUGAGUUUCUGGCUUGGAUGGAUUGUUGGUUCAUGGCCUUUAUUUUGGGCACUUUUCAUAAGCUUCCUUCUCGGGACGGCAUACUCAAUUAAUAUACCGAUGUUGAGAUGGAAGCGAUUUGCUCUCGUGGCAGCAAUGUGUAUUCUAGCUGUACGAGCUAUAAUAGUUCAAAUUGCAUUUUACUUGCACAUUCAGACUUUCGUGUAUGGAAGACUCGCUGUGUUCCCUAAGCCUGUAAUAUUUGCAACCGGAUUCAUGAGUUUCUUCUCUGUUGUUAUAGCAUUGUUCAAGGACAUACCCGAUAUUGUUGGAGAUAAGAUUUUUGGCAUUCAAUCAUUUACGGUCCGUAUGGGUCAAAAACGGGUGUUUUGGAUUUGUAUCUUAUUACUUGAAGUGGCUUAUGGUGUUGCCAUCCUAGUUGGGGCGUCAUCUCCCUUCCUUUGGAGCCGAUACAUAACGGUAUUGGGUCAUGCGAUUCUUGGUCUAAUUCUGUGGGGUCGUGCCAAAUCGGUUGAUCUGGAGAGCAAAUCAGCGAUAACCUCAUUUUACAUGUUCAUAUGGCAGUUAUUCUAUGCCGAGUACUUGCUCAUACCACUCGUGAGAUGAUUUGCAUUAAUACUGAUGUGAGGCCUACUCUUUCAUGCUCAUUUCUUAUUCUAGUUUUGCCAUCAAUCUCACUAAACGGUUAGAAGUGUUAGUGUUAGAGUUAGAUAGUCGAGACUUGUAAUAAUCAACUUUAAUUUAUUCUUAUGAAAAUUUGAAGUUACAAUAGAUGUUAUUUAUGUUCUGUAUUAUUAAUUUCGUUUGGCAACACCCUUGUGGUGUUUAACUGUUAUUUAUAGUAUUCGCAAUUAACUCGUUUGAGAUAAUAAAGUUUGUACUUUUGCAACA